GCAAACACUUUCCUUUAAUUAUACAUAUUUAACGUUCCUUGUACAUAUGGCAUUGGCAUUAGGAAGAGUUUUUCGUGCCAUCUAUACGGUGAUUUCUUGGGAAGAUUUCAAAUAUGGCUGACGGUUGACGGAAAGUAAUGCGCGAAUGUGUGUUUUGUUGCAGCAAUUAGUUAUAACUUAAAUUGUCAGAAUGACAUGUGCUAAAAUGGGCGAAAGGAAAUUUACAAGAGGACUGGGGAAGCCUGGAAUGGCUGCCCAAUUACGUGAAACAGUGUCACAAGUAGUUCGAGAGAGCACGGUUCAGAACAAGCCACAGUUAGUUGAACCAAUUGAUUUUGAAACUUUCAUCCUAAAGAAUAAGACUUUAUUACAAAAUGAUCCUCAGCGAGAACUAUUGCUGUAUCCAUCGGAUGAUGUGUCGCAAGUUGUUUUACCAAGGAGAUUUCGCACAACUGUACACAGUGUACCUGCAGCAAUGGAUGCAACAGACUGCAGCCUUUUCACCAAGGAAUGUCUUAAAACUUACACAUCAAAUUGGAAUCUUAUUCAUUAUAAAUAUAGUGCCUAUUCUGGGACCUACCUAGAACUACCAAAAAUAUUGAAGUCUGAUGAAUUGAAGGAUGAAGUGUAUGAAGUUGACACAGAUGCAGACCAAGUUGAUGAGGAUCUUCUUUCCAAGAAUGACUGCAUCACAAAACAAGGAUACCUUAUGAAAGGACCCGAAGUAGGCUCAGACAGAAUGUUUGUUAAUAUUGGCUCCAAAUCCUUCAAGCGACGCUAUUGUUAUUUACGACAAGAGGUGGAUGGAACAUACAUCCUAGAGCUGCACAAAGAUGAAAAGAAGGGAGAAGCAAAGGCCACAAUUGUUAUGGAUUUCUGUACAGAAGUAGUUCGUAAUUCAAAACGAGGACGAUUCUGCUUUGAGCUGCGGAUGACAGCAGGUCAUAAAUCAUACAGUUUGGCUGCAGAAAAUGAAUUAGAAUUGCAAGAUUGGCUGAGUAAACUGAAUUCUGUUCUUCAGCAAAAUAAAGUGCAAGAGGAGAAGAGGGCUGCUUCAUUGGAAAGAGCAAGUAAUACUCCACCUCCUUCCCCUCAGCCCUCACAGAUGUAUGGGACUUUGAAGGGACUUGAGCAGAGCAUGAAUCCUCAACUGAUUAAGUAUGCUCGUGAAACAGAUGUAUCCAUAGCGCUAGCAAGAAGGGAGAACCGUCGCAGGCUGUUCAGCGUAUACCCUCACAUGCCUCAUGUGAAGAAUGGCAGUACAAACUACUCAGAACAUGGUGUGGAACCAUAUCGAGAACAGUUUGGACAGAGGCUUCAAGUAUGCUGUGAAAGCAUAAGAUUCCGCCUUCAGGCUCCUAUCGAUGGUGAGAAGGAAGCAUUGUGCCAGGUUGAACCAUAUUUCACAACUCUGGCACUGUUUGAUGCAAAGCAGGGUAGGAAACUGACAGAAAAUUUCCAUUUUGAUGUAAAUCAUCCUCAGGUUCGAAAUAUGGUGCCUUGUAUAUCUAAAAAUGGCGCAGAGGAUAAACCUGAAACUUUAUUACCGUCCGAGCUCCAACAGGUACCAGAGGAGUGGCUCAUGUAUCCAAAACAGGCUGUGCUUAGUAUUAGCAACCCCCAUCCAGAUAUCUUCGUAGUAGUGAAAAUAGAUAAGAUCCUCCAAGGUGGCAUAUGUCAGACAACAGAACCGUACAUCCGCAGCACAAAAGAUCCUCGACUUGGGCUCAGAGUACACAAAACUGUGAAAACAUGUUGCCAAAGAUUAGGGAACUACAGAAUGCCAUUUGCAUGGACGGCCCGUCCACUGUUUCGGUUAUACACUAACGAACUGGACACAUCUGACUUUCCAGCAGUUUACCGCCAGGAGGGAAAUAGACUGAGAGAUGAGGAAAUACUCAGGAUUCUCUCAGAGUUCCGAAAACCAGACAAGAUGAGCAGACUGACUGUGAUUCCUGGUUGGGUGAAGAUCAGAAUUGAACAAAUCACAGAACUUCCUGAAAAUUCAUUAACUGCAUCAUUAUCUCCACUGAAACCAUUUCCAAUGCCACCAACGAAUGAACCAACAAUUGAAGUGAUGGAAUUUGAAGGAACCACUGAGAAAGAUGUUCAUCCAUACACUACCUUUCUGAACCACCUGUAUGUGUAUCCACAGAGUUUAGCUUUUGAUACACAGAAGACCUUCACAAGAGCAAGAAAUAUUGCAUGCAUUGUUGAGCUGAUGGAUUCAGAUGCAGAAGGAGCGCACCCUCUAUGUUGUUUGUAUGGGCGCCCAGGUGGUCCGGUCUUUGUGCACCAGAUCUCAUGUACCGUGCUGCAUCACAGCACAACUCCUGCUUGGUACGAGGAGAUCAAGUUGAAACUUCCGAUUCAUCUGCACAACAGACACCAUCUUCUCUUCAAGUUCUACCACAUUUCAUGUGAGCCCUCCAAGAAGAAGGAGAGUGGCAUCGAGACAUGCGUUGGUUAUGCAUGGCUGCCACUACUUCACAGAGGAAGGUUGAAUGUUGAAGAACAAGUUUUGCCUGUCGCAUCGCAUCUUCCUCCUGGUUAUCUGUCAGUUCAGCCUUUGGGUCUUGGGAAAGGGGUAAUGUAUUCAGGUCCAGAGAUUUCGUGGAUAGAUGGUCAGAGACAAAUUUUCAGUGUCAACUUUCAGCUGGUAUCCACAGUUGUCACGCGUGACCAACAUCUGCACAAUCUCUUUGCUCACACAGACAAAAUGUUGGAACACAGAGGGACAUCUGCUCCACCUUCUGAGACAGAAAUCUGCAAAAUUCUUAAGGCCACACAUGCAAUCCAGCUCCCGACUGCUGUUACAUUUUUGCCGACUCUUUUGAAUCACCUAUUCAGUCUCCUGGUGGCGACCUCUAGCGAAGAAAUUGGACUUAAUAUCAUCAGGGUUUUGAUACACAUCAUCCACAUGGUUCACCAGGCUGGGCGGAAGGAAAUCCUCCAAGCCUAUGUCAAGUUUGUGUUUGUCACACCAAAUGUGACCAGUCUGACAACUGUGCAUGAAGAAAUGAGUCGUCACUUGCCCACCUUGUUACGUCCAGCCAACACAGACUUUCUAGUCAUAAAUAAGUUCAUGCAUCACUCCAACUUCUUCUUUGAUAUUAUGGUGAAGAGCAUGGCACAGCACCUUCUCAGCAGCGGGCGUAUCAAGAUGCACCGGAACGAGAGGUUCACUGCUGACUUCUUGUAUCGGAUCCAGAAUUUGCUCCAAGUGCUGUGCCCGUAUUUGAUCCAGAAGUACAAGGAGAUGCCAGUUGAGACCCAAGAGCUCAAUCGCAGCCUGGCAAACUUCCUCAAGAAGUGCCUGACUUUCAUGGACCGAGGUUAUGUUUUUAAACUUAUAAAUUCGUACAUGGAUAAGUUCAACCCAGGAGAUCCGAAGACUCUAUACGACUACAAGUUUGCCUUUCUCCAGAUCAUCUGUUCACAUGAACACUAUGUUGCUUUUAAUCUGCCACUUCUUCAUCCGAGGAUGGGAAGCAGGAGCAGGAAUGAUUAUAUGAGUGAAUAUUGCCUGUCAGAAGAAUUUUGUAAACAACACUUUCUUGUGGGGCUGUUGCUUCAAGAAGUCAGGACAUCACUCAACGAGGUGUUCCAGAUUCGAAAAGUAGCUGUAUCAACCCUGAGGGAUCUGUUAGCCAAACACGAGUUAGAUGACAGAUAUCAGAACAAGGGCCAAUUGGGACGCAUUGCAGCAGUCUAUAUACCAUGGUUGGGAAUUGUGCUGGACAACUUGAACCGUCUGAACUGUGUGCAAGAGUCAGGUGGCAGACACACUGAGCUGCACCAUAUGUGCAGUUCCAGUAGCAGGUUCUCAGACAGUAGCUCGUUCCUCAACCUAAGGGACUCAGGGACAUCAGCAGGCACGCCGAAGUCUCUGAAUAGGUUUACGAUGCAUCUUGAUGGGAACUCCAGUGCACGAGCAUCCAUACACUUCAGAGACUCUUCAUAUUUUUCUGCCAUAGCUGGCCAGGCGCUUGUAAAUGGGAGCUCUUCAGUGAGCCUGGAGUCUGAGUCUUCCACUGUGUCAGGUGAUGGACAUUCAACAGUGUCACAAGAGACUGCCAUAAUCAGGGAACCUAAAGAGGAGCCAGCAAAAGAAGGAAGCAGCAAAAGGCAUUCUAGGUCACUGAGUGUGACACACUCGAACCAGCCUGUGCGUUGUGAUAAACUGCAGUCAGCUGAAGUAAAGGAUCUCCUACUCUGCUUCCUGUUUGUUGUCAAGUACCUUGGGGAUGACUGCUUAAUUGCAUGGUGGCACCAAUGCACCGAAACGGAGGUGAUGAAUUUCUUCAAGGGCUUAGAAAUGUGUCUUCACCAAUUUAAGUACACAGGCAAGCGCCAGAUAGCAGGGAAGGCAGGUGGUAAGCCAGGCACAACAAAGGCCAUGACAUUGCCAGCACGAAUGCAACCUCCCGACUUCUCGGGAGAUAGUCCUGUGCUUCCAGCUCACAGUGGAAGCAGCAGUGUCGGCAGGGAUGGCAUCCAGCAGAUUGCUUCCUUCUGCACUACAUUAUUGUCAGCAGUGUGUGAGAGUGAUUCGAGCAAGCUGUAUCAAGCCUUGCUGGAAGCAAACAUGGCAACAGAGGUGGGGCUCAUCGCACUGGAUGCGCUGGGCCUCUAUUGCAUCAAUUUCAAGGAUAAUCUUCUUGCUUCUGAGGGAGAUAAUAUCAUCAUGAAGAAGGUGUUUGACAUAUACCUCUCAUUCCUGCAGGUUGGUCAGUCAGAAACUUUGUUCCGCCACGUGUUUGCUGCUCUCCGUGCCUAUAUCAACAACUUCUCCAUUGCUCUGUUUCAAGGCAAUGCUUCUCUAUGUGGAAGACUGUGCUAUGAGCUGCUGCGUUGCUGUAACAGCAGAUUGUCUACUAUCCGUCAGGAGUCAUGUGCUAUUCUGUAUCUACUGAUGAGGAGCAACUUUGAGUUCACUAGUCGUAAAGGACUAACCAGGGUCCAUCUCCAAGUAAUCAUAUCUGUGUCCCAGAUGCUGGGAAACGUAAUAGGACUGAACAAUGCUCGGUUUCAAGAAUCUCUUUCUCUCAUCAAUAGCUACGCUUCAAGUGACAAAGUCAUGAAAGGAACAGGCUUCCCUGGGGAAGUUAAGGACCUGACGAAACGUAUUCGAACCGUGUUGAUGGCAACGGCACAAAUGCGAGAACAUCACCAUGAUCCUGAAAUGCUUGUUGACCUGCAACACAGUCUAGCCAACUCUUAUGCUUCUACACCAGAGCUUCGACACACGUGGCUAGAAACAAUGGCAAGGAAUCAUGUCCGUGAUGGCAACUUCUCCGAAGCGGCAUCAUGUCAGUUGCACAUUGCAGCCCUCAUGGCUGAGUAUCUGAAGCUUAAAAGUGUGCAGUCUUGGGGAGCUGAGGCAUUCAGUAGAAUUUCCUCCAACAUUGCCCAGGAUGAGCGGAGUCUGAAACUGGAUGCAGGAGUCCAAGACAUCCAGUAUACUGAAUAUAUUCUGCUGGAGCAACUGGAGAAAUGUGCUGAAUAUCUAGAGAAGGCAGAACGGUACGAGUUACUGGGAGAACUGUACAGGCUGAUCAUACCGAUGCAUGAGCGAAAACACAAUUACGAAGCACUGGCUCAGUGUUACCAAAGCUUGGCACAGGCUUACAGUAAGAUCGUGGAAGUGUCACGCACGGGAAAAAGACUCUUGGGGCGAUACUACCGCGUGGCAUUCUUUGGACAGGCAUAUUUUGAAGAGGACAGUGGAGUGGAAUAUGUAUACAAAGAACCCAAGGUGACAUCUUUGUCAGAAAUAUCUGAACGUUUGUAUCAUCUGUAUUGUGAUAAGUUCGGUCAAGAUGUCGUGAAGAUCAUCAUGGAUUCUGUACCAAUUAAUCGAAGUGAACUGGAUGCAAAGUAUGCUUACAUCCAAGUUACACACGUAACUCCAUACUUUGAGAAGCUGGAACUGGAGGAACGCCAAACAGAAUUUGAGCAGAGUCAUGACAUCAAGUGUUUUAUGUUUGAGACUCCUUUUACGAUGGAUGGAAAGGCUCGUGGGACUCCUGAGGAUCAGUGGAAGAGGAGGACUAUUCUUACAACUCGAUACUCAUUCCCAUAUGUGACGAAACGAAUCUGCGUGGUGAAGCAGCAGGUACAGGAGUUGAGUCCAAUUGAAGUUGCUUUGGAUGAGAUGCAAAUGAGAGUUAAUGAGCUGGAGGAAGUUGUAUUCAUGAAGCCAACUGAUGCCAAGAAACUGCAGCUUAGGCUUCAGGGAAGUGUGUGUGUCCAAGUAAACGCUGGCCCACUCACAUAUGCCUCGGUAUUUCUGGACCCAAGUCAGACUGCUCAAUACCCUGAAGAUAAAGUUGAAGAUCUGAAGGAUGUGUUCAGAGAGUUUGUCAAGAUUUGCUACACAGCGCUGCAGAUAAACAGCAAAUUGAUCACUUCAGAUCAGCAUGAAUACCAAGAGGUGCUUAGGCAAAAUUUUCAGAAAUUGUGCCACAAUCUAUCCUCACUGUUUGGAGAGUCACUGUGGCCUGAUGAAGAAGUGGGCUGUUUCAAGAGAAACAGCCAGGCACUGUUUAGUGUGAUCAGUGGAGCUUCAGGUAACUCAAGUUCAGCGUAGGUACAGCUGUGUGAUUGUUUUGUUCCAUAUUUGAAAAGUAGAUUCUGAAGGGUUCUGACAAUGGCGUAUAACACUCAGAAUUUCUGGAUUUUGGGGCUUUUCCAUCGUCCAGUAUUCUAGAAAAUAUAAAACACUCCAUUUUGGAAACUGGAUCUGUUGCCAUCCUCAAGUGGGAGGGGCGGGGUAUAAGACACCUACUCACUUGCGUCUAUUAGAAGUGAUUCAGGUUAGCUCUUUCUAAGGGACCUAACUGAGUAGGUGUCUUCCCCCCCCCACCCCCUCACUUGAGGAUGGA